AGCACAAAACAAGAGCGCUGGCUGCGCUGAGCGGCAUGCUCAAAUGGUUUGCCGGGAAUCAAAUUCGUAACGUGGCCGGCGUCGGGGGAAACAUCAUGACCGGAAGCCCUAUAUCGGACCUCAACCCCAUCUUCAUGGCGUCGGGGUGCGUCUUGGACCUCAGGAGCGCCAGCGGGGGCCGGCGUCAACUGCGCAUGGACGGCCGCUUCUUCACGGGCUACCGCCGCAACGUGGUGCGCGCCGACGAGGUCCUCGUGUCCGUCCUGGUGCCCUUCACCGACGAGAGGGAGUUCGUUUGCGCGCUCAAGCAGGCUCGGCGCCGCGAGGACGACAUCGCCAUCGUGAACCUGGCCUUCCGCGUGCAGCUGCGCCCGGACUGCAGCGGGAUCCAGGACGCCGCCGUGGCCGUGGGCGGGAUGGCGCCCACCACCGUGAUGCCCGAGCGCGUCCGAGCGGCUCUGGUUGGAAGGCCCCUGGACAACGACACCCUGGAGCAGGCCUGCUCUGCGCUGGCGCAGGACUUGCCCCUUGACCCCGGAGUCCCAGGAGGCAUGGCGCGCUACCGGCAGGCGCUCGCCCUCAGCCUGUUCAUGAAGGCUUACCUGACCGUCUCGAGCCAGGUCCCCGGGCUGCCGCCACUGUCCGAUAGACUCGUCAGCGCCACCAGACCCCUGACGGAGAGGACAGUCUCCAGCGCCCAGUACUUCCAGACGAUCCCCGGCACACAGGAGAAGACGGACUUCGUCGGUCGGCCGGUCGUGCACCAGUCCGCCUACAAGCAGGCCACGGGCGAGGCCGUGUACUGCGACGAUGUGCGGCCCGUGCUCGGGGAGCUCUACAUGUCCCCCGUGCUGAGCACGCGCGCGCACGCCCGCCUUCAGGCCGUGGACGCGAGCAAGGCCAUGGCCGUCCCGGGCGUGCACGGAGUGCUUACCGCGGACGACUUCCCUCCCGGCUGCAACAGAUUCGGCACAGUGAUCCCCGACGAGGAGUUGCUCGUCUCAAAAGAAGUGGUCUGUCACGGCCAGCUGGUCGCCAUGGUGUUGGCCGUCGACCAGAUGACGGCUCGUAGGGCUGCGCAACUCGUCAGAGUCGAGUACGAGGACCUGCCGGCCAUACUUACCAUAGAGGAGGCCGUCAAGGCCGAGUCCUUCCUCGUGCCCCCCAUCGUGAUGGCCGUCGGGGACGCCGAGGCCGCCCUGGCCAGCGCCCGACACGUGCUGGAGGGAGAAGUGCGCAGCGGCGCGCAGGAGCACUUCUACCUCGAGACGCAAUCCGUGGUGGCCGUGCCCAAGGAGGAUGGCGAAAUGGAGAUCACGGCGUCGACGCAGGCCCCGUCCACCGCACAGGAGCUGGUGGCCAAGGUGCUGCAGGUGCCCAAGAGCCGCGUCGUGGUGCGCGUCAAGCGCCUCGGCGGUGGCUUUGGUGGCAAGGAGAGCCGAAUCCUGCCCUUCGCUGGGCUGUGCGCACUGGCCGCCAACAAGUACCAGAGGCCCGUGCGCCUCAUGCUGGACCGGGACGAGGACAUGGCGUGCUCGGGACAGCGGCACCCCUUCCUCACGCGCUACAAGGUGGCCGUCGACGAUGAGGGCCGGUUCCUAGCCUUCCACAUGCAGCUCUACACCAACGGCGGCUGCUCCCAGGAUUUGACGCCCGCCGUGAUGGAGCGCGCGCUGCACCACGUCCAGAACUCGUACCGCGUCCCCAACAUGCACCUCACUGGCUACUGCUGCCGCACCAACCUUCCCUCCUUCACUGCCUUCCGGGGCUUCGGCGCUCCGCAGUCGAUGCUCGUCGCUGAGACCAUCGUCAGGCAAGUAGCAGCCCACCUGCGCCAGGACGCACUCCGCGUGGCAGAGCUCAACAUGUUCCGCGACGGCGAUACCACCGUGUACAACAUGCCACUCAAGGAAAGCACGGUGCAUCGCUGCUGGGACGAGGUCCUGCAGCAAGCCGACUACAAGGAGCGCCUCCGGCAGGUGCAGGCGUUCAACCGGCAGAGCCGCUACGUGAAGCGUGGGCUGGCCCUGGUCCCCACUACGUACGGCGUGGCCUUUUCGCUGUCCUUCCUCUGCCAAGCAGGCGCCCUCGUGCACGUCUACACUGACGGCGCCGUGCUGCUCACCCACGGCGGGACGGAGAUGGGCCAAGGGCUGCACACCAAGAUGAUCCAGGUGGCGAGCAGGGCGCUGGGCAUUGACGCCUCUUACAUCCACAUCUCGGAGACGUCUACGGACAAGGUGCCCAACACGAUCGCCACGGCGGCCAGCUUCUCGUCCGACCUCAACGGCAUGGCUGUCAAGGAGGCCUGCGAGAAGAUCCUGCAUCGGCUGGAGCCAAUUCGAAAGGCGAACCCCAAGGGGAAAUGGGAGGACUGGGUGCAGGCCGCUUACUUCGGCUGCAUCAGCUUGUCUGCCACGGGCUACUACCGGUCCCCCGGCAUCAACUACGACAUCCGGACCAACACGGGCACGCCGUACGCCUACCACACGUACGGCGCCUCGUGCUCGGAGGUGGAGGUGGACUGCCUGACCGGCGACCACAAGGUGCUGAGGACCGACAUCGUCAUGGACAUUGGCGAGAGCCUCAACCCCGCCAUUGACGUCGGCCAGAUCGAGGGCGGCUACAUGCAGGGCUACGGCAUGUUCGUCAUGGAAGAGCCGAUCGUCGGCGCCAACGGGGCCCUCCUGUCGCGGGGACCGGGCGCCUACAAGAUCCCCGGUUUCGGCGACAUCCCCUCCGAGUUCACCGUGACGCUGCUCAAAGGCAGCAGCAAUACGCGUGCCAUCUACUCGUCCAAGGCUGUGGGCGAGCCGCCGCUGUUCAUGGCCUGCUCAGUCAUGUUCGCCAUCCGGGAGGCCGUAGCCGCGGCGCGCGCUGAGGAGGGGCUGACGGGCUGGUUCCAGCUGGACGCACCGGCCACCGCGGCCGCCAUCCGCCUCGCCUGCGAGGACCACCUCACCAAACAGAUCGCAGAGCCUGUUGAAGGUUCUUUCAAGCCUUGGAACAUUAGGGUGUGAAGCUGUAAGAGCCACUCGCGCCACCGGUUUCCGAUCGUGCGGUUGUCGUCUUGUCUACCCAAAAGUAUUUCUUUAGACGUUUAACUUGUACAUGUUAGCGUAAGUUUUGUGAAAAAAAAAUGUAGAGCAGAAUGUUUGUCCAAACGUUUAAAAAAAAAGCAAU